GAAUGAAACGAUUCGUUUGAAUAGACCGUACAUUGUAGAUACAUGUGUGUCAAUGUGUAUGCAUACUGUUGCAUACGUGAUGAUUCACACUAUUAUUAACCUAAAUGAAGUUUAUAUUUUGUUUAAACAUAUUAUUAAGAAAUGAUUACAUCAGUCUUUCUAUCAACUAAGCGGUUCUAUCUGAAUCAUGUAUAUGGCUUAUUAUUUAUGUUUGUUGUAGUUAACAUUUAACUUUAUAGCAAUGGAAAAAGAAAGAUUUACAAUGCUCCUUUUGGAGCCAGGGGAAAUAUUUUUUGAAGAUUAUAGUGUUCAAAUGAAAGUACUGGAUAACUCUAGUUCAGUAGAGGAUAAUUGGAUAGAUGGAAGAUUGAAAUUAUGUUCAAAGUCUUUAGUAUUUGUAAGUAAAGAUAUUAAUCAGCCUUUAGUUAAAAUACAACUAAAAGAAGCUACAGAGAUUGAUCGAUGUGAAUCUGAUAGUAAUAUAGCACGACACACCAAUGUAUUGUCAGUAAAAUGCAAGCAAUAUGUGCAGAUGUUGGAGAAAAAUAUACUUGCACCAUACAAAUUUAUACAUGAACAUGCAACUUUCUACUUUCAUUUCAAUUAUGCAAAAGUAGAAGACUGUCUUCCACAAAUUUUGCAGUUACUUAGAGCAGCCACUCUACCAACUGCUGAACAGAAUGCCAUGAUUAUGACCAUUGUGCAUUCAAGGCAAUCUAGAGUCUCGUUUGAUACAUCAUGGUUGGAGGAUCUAUAUGAGCAGGUUGUGUUAGAAACUCAAGCAAAUAAAGUACUACCUCUUGUUAUAAAUCCAGGCAGGAUACUAUUAACAAAUUCUAGAAUUUAUUUUCAGCCGUACAACAAUUUGGAUCAGCAUCCAGUUCUAAAAAUACAACUAAAGGAUAUUAUCAAUAUUAUAAAGAGAAGAUUUAUUUUAAAACAAGUUGGACUGGAGAUUAAAUGGUUAAAACAACUAGAAAAUAAAGUCGAACAUUUAUUUAUAUCGUUAAGGAAUCAAAAUGAUAGAGAUGAAUUAUAUACAAAUUUAUUAAGACAACCUGCAGUUUCCCUAGAAAGAGUUCCUCGUGAUCAAAUGACUAUGAGAUGGCAGAACGGUUCUUUAUCAAAUUACGAUUAUCUCUUAUACAUUAACAGUUUGGCGGAUAGAACCUUCCAUGAUUUGACUCAGUAUCCAGUAAUGCCAUGGGUAAUACAAGAUUACUCAUCUUCUACAUUGGACUUAGAUGAUCCCAGCGUGUAUAGAGACCUUUCUAAACCUAUUGGGGCACUGGAACCAAACCGAUUACAAAGAUUAAAGGAGCGGUAUACGGAGAUGCCGGAACCUAAAUUUCUGUAUGGUUCGCAUUAUAGUGCGCCAGGAUUCGUAUUAUUUUAUUUAGUUCGAAAGUAUCCUCAGUACAUGCUGUGUUUACAAAAUGGAAGAUUCGAUCACCCGGAUAGAAUGUUCAAUAGUGUAGCUGACGUAUGGAAAAAUGUUUUGGUGAACAUGUCUGACUUUAAAGAACUCGUCCCGGAAUUUUAUGACACAAACAAUGGUGGUGAUUUUUUAGUGAAUAGUUACGGUAUCGAUUUUGGUUAUCGACACGACGGUACGAAAAUAGGAGAUGUACAAUUACCAGCAUGGGCAAAUGGACAUGCUCAUUUUGUACAAACGUUAAGAAAUGCUUUAGAGAAUGAUUACGUUUCCCAGAAUCUUCAUCAUUGGAUCGAUUUAAUAUUUGGAUAUAAACAAAGAGGAUCCGAGGCGGUGAAAGCUGACAACAUAUUCUUUCAUUUGUGCUACGAGGGAGCAGUAGAUCUAGAUACUAUUCGGGAUGUUAAUGAUAGACAUGGCUUGGAGGUACAAAUUAUGGAGUUUGGUCAAAUACCAAAACAAAUCUUUAACUUACCUCAUCCUAAACGUUCUGUGUCGAUACUCGAUAGAUUGCUUGCUGAAACGGUUUUAACGUCUUCUAAAAGUAGAACAGAAAGUGAAACUCCUUUAGAAAAGGUCUUUCAACUGCACGAAUUGAUGACAUUUCAAUCUCACAAAGAAAGUGUAAGCAGCAUUACAAUGAUGAAUAAAGAGAGAAUCGACGAAGUAGUGUCAGUGGGACAGGAUGGAAUGCUCAAGUUAUACAGUAUAAAAAAUAAAAAGCUAACGCGUAGCGUAGCUCUGUCAUCGUUGCCAUUGUCUUCUUGCAUAUCAUACUACACGACUUCACAUCGUAACAUAUUAGUAGUGGGCUCUUGGGACAAUUCAUUAAUAUUUUAUGACCUUGAAUUCGGUAGAGUCAUAGAUACAUUGAAAGGACACGAGGACGCUGUUUCUUGUUUAGUAUUAAGUUCAUCCCGUCAAAUUAUCGUAUCUGGUUCGUGGGAUUGCACAGCUAAAGUUUGGCAAUGUUAUAUUUCUGGAUCGAAAAUUAAACCAACGGAGUGCCUUAUCGCACAAUUAGAUCACGACUCUAAAGUAACUUGCAUCAAUAUAUCAAGGGAUGAGAAAUUAUUAGUGUCUGGCACGGAAGAUGGAGAAAUUUUUUUAUGGAAUAUGGACACUUAUAAUUUGCAGUUUAGUGUAAAAGGACAUACAUCUAAAGUAAAUGCAAUGGUAUUUGAUGAAGAUGGGAAAAGUAUAAUAUCUUGUGCAGAGGAUAAAGUGUUGAAUAUAAUAGAUGUCCAUACAAGUACACAGAUUUAUUAUACAACCAUGGAACAUGAACCUUUAACACUGACAUGGUUGUACAAUUUUUUAUUGAUAAGCGACAGUAAUGGGAAUAUUAAUGUAUGGAAUCAUGAGGGUGCAAUUUUUGUUUCACAAAUACAUUACCACGAUGGACCAAUUCAUGCAUUAGCAGCUUCCGCGGAAAAUAAUAUAAUUUUAACAGGUGGAAAGGAUAAAAAAAUUGUUGUAUGGGGUUAUAAAAAGAUGUGAUUCGUCUUUUAAUACUUGUAUUGCAACAGGAAAAUUUGUUUGAAUUUUUAUAAUGUUGGUUGGUACCGAAAUAUAUGUUACAAAAGUUGAUAAUACAUUAAUUUGAAUGUUGUAUUGUUAUGCAUUCCUUACAGUUUAUAACUGAGUAUUUUAAAUACAAAUAUGUUACUUUUAAUUAAUUAAA